AUGAUGUCUGUAAAGUUAGCAGUUAUUUUCUUCGCUUUGGUUGCUUACGCUUACGCUGAACCUGAACCAGAGCCGGGAUACCUCAGCUACCAACAACCAAUCAUCACCAAGCAAGUGAUACCAGUUGUCACCAAACAAAUUGUACCAGUCGUCCAAUAUAAACAAGUUUAUUCCAGCUACGGUGGUGGCUAUGGAGGCUACAAAGGCUAUGGAAAAUAA